AUGGCUUCAAGAGGAGGAGUUAUGGUAACAGGCACAAACGGUGCUGAUUUUCAGCACAGGGAGAAAAUAGCGGCCCAAUAUCAAAUAAGUGCACUGAACAAAUCCCGCUUAAAAUACUGUGUAUUCUUUCAUCAUGUCUUAUUUCUGGCCAUGUUGGCAAAACUGUCAGCAGAUAUUCUUGAUAAAUUAGACAUUUUUAUACUAGAAAUUGAGGAGUUACAAAUUCCACAGCCCUUAUGGUGGGAAUAUAUAUGGUGUAUGUCUGUGCCCCUUUCAUUCCUGGGGCUAUCAGCAAUCAAGAGGAACAACAUCAAGUAUCUUCGUAAAUAUAUGUAUGGGAUUAUAGGUCUUGGCCUUUUGCCAUUACUUUACUGUGUGCUGCAUUACUGUGGUGAUGUGUGGGUUUAUCUCUCGGCUGAGGAUGAUGAGGAAGAGGAAAUAAUGACGUGGCAGGGCUACCCCUAUGGAUUGCUAUGCUUGGCGUUCUCGUGGGGCUUACAAGAAAGCUGA